AAGAAAGUGAAGGACAUAGUCAUCAACUCGAGGCGUCUUGUGGAGGCCCCCUACACGGCGUCGCUCGCCCACACCAUGAACGCCCUGGUGGCGAACACCGUGGUGGCGGUGCCGGUGGCAGCCCCGCCCGGCCAGUGGAUCGGCGCGGGUGGGUCCAUGAUCAUGGAGUCCGACAAGCAGACGGGCACCAUCAGGAAGCAUUACAUCGGGAUGGUAACCAUGCUCGAUAUACUCGCCCACAUUGCCGGAGAUGACCGGGUGAAUGGCGGCGGCAGUGGCGACGGGUCGUCGGAUCUCGUUCAGAAGAUGGCCGUUCCGGUGUCUAACAUCAUCGGACACUGUCUUGAGGGUCUCAGCCUCUGGACUCUAAACCCCAAUACAAGCAUCCUAGAUUGUAUGGAAGUGUUGAGCAAAGGCAUACACCGAGCCCUGGUGCCCCUAGACAGCCACAUGGAGAACCUUUCAGGGGUCGAGCUCGUGGAGUCAGCGUCGAGCUAUCGGAUGCUCACGCAGAUGGAUGUACUCAAGUUCCUGAAGGAACACAAUUCCGGGACAGCAGCCAUCCUGUCGCGCUCCGUUGAGGAGCUGGGAGCGAUAAAUAGGAAUGUCUACGCGAUAACCGAUAGGACACGAGUCAUUGAAGCCAUCAAGUGCAUGAGGGCUGCUCUGCUCAAUGCUGUCCCGAUAGUGGAGUCGGGUGCUCUUGAAGAGGAAGAUCACAGCCAACUUGUAAUUGGAAGAGGCAGGAAGCUCAUAGGCACGUUCUCGGCGACCGACUUGAGGAGGUGCCACGUUUCUGAGCAACGACCAUGGCUAUCUGCGACUGCGCUCGAGUUCACGGAGUCGAUAUCGCCGAGCCCUUUAUACUCAGCUUCUAGCGAGGGGGUUCCUCCGCGGGAGCUCGUGACUUGCAGGGACGACACCACGCUCGCCGAGGUGAUGGACAAGGCCGUGAACAAACAUGUGCAUAGAGUGUGGGUGGUGGAUCACCAGGGUUCGCUGGCCGGGCUCGUGUCCCUCACGGACAUGAUCAGAGUCCUCAGGGCUGCACUGCUGUCUGCAUAG